AUGCGAUUCCUCGCGCCAACGGCCACAGGGGCCCUUACCCUCCUCACAACAUUGGCAUUGACAUCCGCGUCAAGAAUCCCGAUUCCACAGGUUAAAUCAGUAUCACAACCGGCUCACGCUCGUGAUCACGAGCAAGAAUCGUCGCGUCUGUGGGCAACACACUACAAUGGCAAUGUUUAUACCCUAUCGCUUUCGGGGUCGAAUCUUUCUAUCGCCGAUACGCAGAAGACUUGCGGGGCGAUGCCGAGUUGGUUGACUUUUGACUCGGAGAGUAGGAUUCUUUACUGCUCGGAUGAGAAUGGCACUUCUGAUCCCAGCACGCAUGGCUCUUUGAGCGCGUAUCGCGUGGAUGGACCCGGUGGGCAGUUGGCGCAGAUUGCCAAGGCGGAUACGGUUGGGGGUGGAGUUAAUAGUGUUAUCUAUGAGGCCGGGAAGGGGGAGAAGUAUAUUGCUAUUGCGCAUUACGAAGGCUCCGCAGUCUCAACAUUCUCAUUGCCCCUGAAGCCCAACUCCGCCGCCAAACAGGUCCUCCCCUUCAAAAUGACCCACAAGGGCGCAGUGGCCCAACAAGACUCUCCGCACCCCCACGAAGUCUUCCUAGACCCAACAGGCUCUUUCAUAAUCUCGCCCGAUCUCGGCGCCGACCUAAUCCGAAUCUUCAGCAUUGACGCAUCAACCGGCCACCUCGAGACCUGUCCACCCGUCAACGUGACAUUUGGCUCCGGGCCACGCCACGGCGUUUUCUGGACAGACGGGUCAAACAAGGACACGGACGUCCAGGCCGGGACCGUCACACACAUGCGCCAGAUGGCAGCAGUCGGGAAGACAAUGAUGUACCUGGUCAACGAGAUCGGGGGCACGAUGAUGAGCUACGACGUCUCGUAUGCGCGGUCCGGAUGCUUGGAUUUGGAGAAGACGGAGACACUGGUGCCUUACCCUGGUGGCAAGAUGCCGACUGGAGCGACGCCGGCGGAGAUCCGCAUGAUUGGGGAGAAGUUCUAUGUUUCUAUUCGGACUGAUCAGGGUUUCAAGCCGAAUGAUUCAAUUGUUACGCUUGAUCGACUGCGAAAUGGCACGGUGGUUGUUGAGGGGAAGAGCGAUGCAUAUGGCAAGGUGCCCAGGACUAUGGUUAUUAACCGCAAGGGUGACUUGGUUGCUAUCGGUGAUCAGAGUACAGCGACUGUUGCUGUUGUGCGGCGAGAUGUGAAGACUGGAGAGUUGGGAGAGAAGGUUGCUGUUUUGCAGGUUGGUGGGCCUGGAAAGGUUGGAGCUGCAGAGGGGUUGAGCAGCGUCAUCUGGGAGGAUUAG